GUAAGUAUUAGUGAAGAUAUCGAUGCAGAACUUUGCACAAAUACUAUGUUAAUAGUGUGGCAGCCCCAUUAUAAAAAUCGCCGAAAUCGGACCAUAGGUUUUUAAGACCCCAUAUAUCGAACACGAGGACCUCGGUGCUUAUAAUCUAAUAUUAUGGUUUCCAACUUUCAAUGGACUUUAUACAAUAUGUAUGACGAAUAUGUGGGUCAAAUUGUGAAUUAUAUAAUAUAAAUAAAGUUAAAUAUAUAAAUUGCGAGAGUAUAAAAUGUUCGGUUACACCCGAACUUAGCCCUUCCUUACUUGUUUUUAUAUAAAAGACGACAUUUGCGAAAAGUCUACUCUGCAGUUUACACUAUGAGUGAGGAGUUGAUACCAUCAACUGAGCUGUCGUUAUUUGCCGAGCAAUGUCCGUUGGGAGAUGAGUCCCCUACAACGAAAAAUGUCGACAAUGAGUCCGUAGUAAUUUUGGAUAGUGAUGAACAGUUAAUUAAUUUAUUGUGUUCGUGGGAUUUGUCGUCAAAUGCGUUGAUACAGUUCAAUAGAUGUGGUUUAAAGAGUGUAGAAAUUUUGCAGAUGAUCCAUUCCCAUGAUAUUGACGAAAUUUUUAAUGCCAGAGAACUAAUUGUGGACAAAAUUAAGUUUCGGUACAACUUGCAAAAAUGGCGUUUAGAAAAUAAUUUCGAUAUGCUCACGUGCUGUAGUCGUGAUAGAACUAUAACAAACCUUUCAUCCAUUCGAAGCUGGCUGAGCUCUGCAAGCACACCUUCAACAUCCCCAAACAACGAACCCAACGUCGAAGAGGUUUUAAAACAAACAGUAGCAGGUAAGGACAUAAUAAAGAAGUACGAAAACUGUGGUUGCCUCCAAGAAAGUGACCAAUCUGCAAUAGUUCGCAUUAUUGUGGAUAAUUACUUAUUAAUUCUAUUACGUACCCAGGACAAACAAAAAAAAAAACGCAACUGGGAAAUUAUAUGAUAGAUACUUUAACAGCUUGCAUAAUCGAAAAGCUCAGUUGAAAAAUGAAGCUCCAUCAAAAAUUUUCAAAGUUGCCGUUGUAAAUGAUGAGAGCCACGCUAAACUUAAUGAAAUAAAACAUUGGUUACAGCACAAUAUUCCUGAAGAUAUAUGCGUGUCGUGGAAAGAAACUUCAGAAGAUAGAAUUAAAGAACUUGCUAAAUAUAUGUAUGUAUAU